GCGCAGCGCGUAUACAAUGGCCGCUGGAAAGAGGCUAAAGCAAACAAUUUUUAGGCCUGCGGUGAAACAAAAAUAUGAGAAAAAUUUUUUUAAAAAAUCGAAUAAUUGUUUAAAGCCGGAAAAAAAUGCGGUAAAGUGAUGUUGAAAGUCCCGUGGUUCUGAUCCAAGUGGAUUGGAGGAGCACAAAUUGAAAGGCCAGUUGAUUAGAGUUCAAGAACGACACAUUCCUGUGAAAAUGAAGAAUAAGGAUGGCAUGAUUCAGGAACCUUGAAUGACAAGAAAUUGAGAGUUUAGUCACACAGAAAAAUACAGGUGUAUGUAAGGUUUAAGGAUUGGAAGACCACAAGAAGAAUAUAAAGAAAGUUCUAGAUUCAUGAUUUGCAGAAACCUUGGGCAAAGAGCGACUGCACAAAACAAAGUGAGCCUGAAACAGAGUUCCACUAUGGAAAGUGGAAUUUUCGUCAUGUGUCGUACUAGGAAGAAAAUCAUUUUGAACAGGUUCUAAGUGCCAAAUGUGUUGAACACAUGAAACAUCAGAAAGAAGAAAAAGAAGUCCAUUUACAUCAGUACAACUGGGCCAAACUCUUGUCCAGAGAUCAGGCAUUCUGUAGACUGCAAUGGCUACUGUCAUCCCUGGUGAUCUUUUAGAAGUAAAGGAUACUCAGAAGGUUCUAGUGGGGAAACGUAAACAAAGUGACAUCAAAUCGAGAAAAUCCUUUCCUUGUCAGUUGUGUGGAAAAAUCUUCACUAGUGUUGAGAAAUUGAAAGUGCAUUCGUAUUCGCACACCGGCGAAAGACCCUACAAGUGUUCACACGAAGCCUGUACCAAGGCAUUUGUGUCUAAAUAUAAGCUACUGAGGCAUAUGACCACCCAUUCACCUCAGAAGACCCACAAGUGUACUUAUUGUGAGAAAAUGUUCCAUCGUAAAGAUCAUCUAAAAAACCAUCUACGGACUCAUGAUCCAAACAAGGAAGCCUUCAAGUGUGAGGAAUGUGGGAAAAACUACAAUACAAAGCUUGGCUAUAAACGUCAUCUGGCUCUACAUGCUGCAACUAGUGGUGACCUUACCUGUAAAGUGUGCUUACAAACAUUUGAAAGCACAGGUGUGUUACUGGAGCACCUGAGGACACAUGCUGGCAAGUCAAGUGGCACAAAGGAAAAAAAACACCAGUGUGACCACUGUGACCGUUGUUUUUAUACUCGGAAAGAUGUUCGGAGACACAUGGUAGUACACACUGGAAGGAAAGACUUCCUUUGUCAGUACUGUGCCCAGAGAUUUGGUCGGAAGGACCACUUGACACGCCACAUGAAGAAAAGCCAUUCACAGGAGCUGCUGAAGGUGAAAACUGAACCACCAGAUUUUAUGGAUCUAUUUAGCUCUAAUACGUCAUUGUCCAUAAAAGAUGAGCUAACACCAGUGAUGUCUGUGGUUUCCAGUGAGCUGACAUCUAGGCCAUUUACAAAUGCUUUACAAAUGAAUAUUUACAGUGCCCAUAUUCAAACGAUGCAAACUCUAGGGUCAGCAAACCAAAUGGUAUCCACACCAUUGCCUUUAGGAAUGGGUUGCCCACUAGAAAUUGAAUCUUCAAUUCGCUCUUCUCAAGAACUCUCCUCAAAAUAUUUUCUUGGUUCUACCUCAUAUGCCAUUGCAGUGCCUGAAAAAGGACAGCCAUUAAAGAAUGAAAUAGAUAGUUACUUAAUGGAUCUACAAAGUGAUUUGCUUUCCUCCUCCCAUGACACUCAAUCAUCCCCCUCAAAACUAGGGUUGGAAUUGCCGGCAGGGUCUCUGGGGGAUGGAUAUGGGGAUAUUUUACUUUCAAAAAGCCCAGCUGUCCGUAGUGAACCUCUGAAUUCAUCAUCCUUGGACUUUUCUCAGUUGUUAAGUUUCUUGCCACUUAAUAGCACUGCAUACAAUCAACCAGUUUCUUUAGGUAAUCCUGGAAUGUGUUAUACACAGGACGAACCUCACCCAUCCCUCAUUCCUCUUGCAUCACAGAGCCAGGAUUCACAUGAAACUGGCAACAGUAUUGCUCUCCAUGCUCUUCAUCCUUUAUCCACAGUCUUCACGACUAGCUUAAGCACAACGACACUACCACGUUUUCACCAGGCUUUUCAGUAGAUGAUGCAACUUUCUUAUCGACAUCUUUUUUACAGAUAUUCUCUUAUAUAAUGCCAGUUAUCCAGAUGGAAUAUUAAUGAAUUGGACAGUAGACUCAUUAAUGGCUUCUAAUAUCUUUGUUACUGUGUGAAUAGUCACAGGAGGCAAGCAAAACUGGGAAAAGACUGAUAGCACAAGACUGUCUGUCUAUCUUUAUUCAUGAUGGGAGCAUCCCAUGUAGCAGCUAAUGGAGAAUAAAUGUGCAUUACAGGUUAGUAAGUAGAUUUAAAUCUAAUCCAGCAUUGAGAGAACCAACCUGACCAGCCUAAAGAUUUAUAGAAAGAAUAUACACUCCGUACACCCCAUCCAAUGCCAAGACUGAUGGUUCUUAUAAGUGUGACUUUGAGGCAUUGAAAAGAAUCUUUCAGGUUUAGUUAUCAGAGUGACUGCAAUAUUCUGUGUGUUUUCCUUUUUUAAAAAAAUAAGCAAACUAUUAAAUUUUAAAACCAACGUUCAUGUUGUUUUGUGCAACGAUUUUGCAAAGUUCUUCAGUAGGUCUUUUAGUGGUCCUUAAGUGAUUUUUUUUUUGUUUUGAGUACCGGCAUCAAAUACCUUUUUGAACUGGGGGCAUACCUGUGCACUGAGGACCAAGCAGUUCUUAAAAUCAGUUGCUCAAAAAAAGUUAUGGUGAAUAGGUAAAUUAAAUUUACAUGCAAACUGAAACACUUUUAAAGUCUGUAAAGCUUUAAGUGCCAUCAUAUUCAAUACAGUAUCUUUUUAAAACUCUGCCUAUGACUUUAUUGAAAAUUCAUUUACCAUGUUGUUAUACAAAUUCCUGCAUGAAUUCUGUUUUCCAAUUUAGUAAUUGCAUUCCUUUUAAAUUCUGGGUUUCAAGUGAGAAUGUAGUUUAUGCAUUGUGUAAUAGUAUUCACCUGCACCUUUGAAUAUUCAAUCUGUCAAUAUAUUUGACAAAAGCUAAUAAUGCAUAUUCAUCUAAGAUUGUAUAAAUUCACCUACAUUUGCUUAUAGGUUUGAAGGCUAAACAAGUAAGUUCUGUUAUGAAUAUUCUCCAAUUAAGUUCUAUUUUAAAACGAGGCAAGUGAAAAGAGGAGAUUUCUGAAAUCCAUGUGGAGCCUUGACAGGAAGAGAAAUCAACUAGUAGAAACUAAUGCCAAAUUUAUGUUUUUAUAGAAUCCUUUUUUCAUUUGUUACAUAAAUCACACAUUCUCCUUGCUUUCUUUUGAAUUUUAAUAACAUUUAGCCAAUGUGAAUAGUUAAAUAUUUUGGGCUUUUUUGCAGUACUUGCUGCUUUGGAAACCACUUCAUUCAUUCAUUCUUGGUCUACUCUAAAUCUUAAAAUUAUGACAUCUGUAUUAGAUUGAUUUUCUUCAGAGAUUUUGUUAAAUCUUUAUCUCCUUUUAUAUUACUAAUAUUUAACUUUCAUUUCUGUCUUAUCAUAAUGCACUUGAAUUUCAUCUUUCGUUGAUGAAAUGAAGACUCUGGAAUUGUUAUCUAUUGCUAACCCUCAAACUCAAUAUUCCUUUUAAAAAUCUCACCUAAUCUGAACUGAAAAAUUAAUUUUACAUUUUUGCACUUAUAGUUUGAAAAGAUAGACUUCAGAUAUGUAUCAGUACUUAAAAUGAUUAACAUGCCCAUCUGGAUUUAAUUUGGAUUUUCUUAAUGCCAUUCUUGCUGGUGAGUGCAUUCCGUUUUAAGAUAAUGAGUACCAAUUGUUUUCUUGAAUUAUACACAAUAAAAGCCAAAUAUGCAUUGUCAAAAAUUUUAAAAACUGGAAAAUUCAUCACAGCUGGCAUCAUUUGUAAGUGAGAAGGAGUUGGUGUUUCAGGUUAAUUAUAUAUGUUCUGAUUAACUGUCUCUACAGAUGCUGCUAGAUUUGCUGAGUAGUUCAAGCAUUGUGUUUUGAUUAUCAAUAAGUGUUGGAAUUAGGUAAGGAUUAAACAUGUUACUUUAUUAGCAGAUAUUGGUCUAACCGAUCAUGAUUUAAUCAGCUUGUUAAUCUCCAAGCUAUUUAACAAAUGAAAAGCCAUACAUUGUUUACAAAAUAUUAUAAUUAAGUAGUUAGCAAGAAGUGUUGCAGUCUAUUUUAUUGGUUUGCUGUUAGCUUUAAGUGGUACAAAAGGUUUUUGCAUUGAAAUUCAAAAAGGCUAAAAUAAUUGAAUUGAAACAAAAACUGAAAAUAUCAGAAAUCGGAGGCAAAACACCUUGGAAAUGAUGCACCCAAUUGUGACUCCAAAGUGAUCUUGAGAAACUUAAUUUCAGCCAAUAAGCUUAUGGCAUUGUGGGGAGAGAUCAAAAGUUGACACUUUUUUGGUAUAAUUUGACAGAAGCGUCAUAUAACACCUAAAAUGUUAACAUAUUUGAUCUUCCCACAAAUCCUCAGUGACCUAAUGUGUGUUAACUUUUUUUCAUCUCAUUGGCUUCUUCAGGACAUUUACUUAGUGGAAUAUUGCUUAAUGAAAAUAACCUGAAGCCUAGCUUUGACGUGUGUGUGUGUGUGUGUGUGUGUGUGUGUGUAUUUUUCACAACUGCUAACAACUGAUUGAUGCAAUAUUUCCACUUUAAUUUUGUCGCUGAAAUUAUUUAGAUGCUAAGUUCUGCCCAGUCAAUCAGAGUUACAAUGGUUGACAGUUUAGCAGUUAGUUAAUACUUGAUUGUCCUGAGAGAUCCUAAUUGUUGGUCAACUGAAAAAAAUGUUUCUUGCUGCAUGAAAUUGAUUUAAAAUUUGACACUGCUCCUGAAAUACGUGGAUUUCUCAUUACAUUACAGACUAUCAUAGUACCCAUUUACUCUGAAUAUACAAGUCCUUGCUUGCUCAUUUUAGUUGAACCCUGUCGAUGAUUUCACUAAAAUGAUGAGUAGUAAAUGAGAUGUCAUUCCACCCAAACUCUUUGCUGAAAAUACCAACUGGAGAAAUUUGCCUUCUUUUUAGCUAGUGACUAGGAGUGGUGGUGAUGAAUCUUCUGGAAGCUUAAAUUAAGACAGUAUUAGCACAUUACAAUGGGCCUUGUUAAUAUCUAUGGGACCUUUCUUGAACCUUCCUAUUUGUGAUAUAGUAAUUUUAAAAACUCUGCAUAUUUUCUAAAAUGCUUGAGUUAGAACAUUGUGCUUUGAUUCCAGUUGAAACCUGUCUUGAUGGUCAUAAGUUUUAUUUUACUUUUUGUUUGCAAUGGAGGUCAAACAUAUUCACAGGAAGUUGUCAAAUAUCUUUUGAACAAAAGAAUGUAAAAGCUUAUUACAAAAAAAACUAUUGGAACAGUCUCAUUACAAACUCUUUUUUAAAAAUCAUCCUUUUUAUUGCUGCCAGCCCAUACAGUCACUCAAACCUCAGUGAAGACUCACCCUGUCUCCAUGCUGAAGCCUCUUGUCCAGCUGGCAGGGCUGUAAUCUGUUUCCUUUCCACAAACUUAUGCACAUUCGCUAAGUGCUACUUUCAGUUAGUAUCUGGCCCUGGGAUUUUGACAACUCUGCUCACUAUUACUCAAGAUCCAUUCCCCAAACUCGUGGCCAACAGCUUGCAUGAUACUUUCCUCUCGGACACCUGCCUUCUGCUUCUGGAACUUUCCUCUCAUCAACUUGAUGAGGACUGUAGUCCUCAGUCCUGACUGCUCCAAACAGCGCCUCUGCUAUUAGGGAGCCUGUUCUGUGUGAACCUACCUCUGUCUGUUUCUCUAUGGGGGUAACUCAAAUUAUUAAAACACCUUUUUAGUAGUUAUCUCCCCAGGACACUCUUAUUGGUCAUUUACCUGAAAUCACAUGACUACUUGUGACUGUUGUUUUGAACUUGAUUUUAAAAGGAAACAAGUCAGAUCUUUAUACCAGAAAAUUAAAAUACACUUCCUUUACUUCAGAACCAUAAGUCCUCAGAUACUAAUCGUAUAUUACAAACACUUAACAAUUGUCACAAUAAAGAAAUAACUCUAAUAUUCUAGGUUUUUGGGCUUACCAAAAUAACAUUGUAAGGACAGCCAAAGAAAACAGGAAAACCUUGUUCACUCCGAUCACCUCACAUCUAAGAGAGCUGUUAUUAUAAUUAGGGGUAAAACUCAAAUUAAAUAUAUUAACAAUCCUCCUAAAGUAUCUAAAGUACAUAUGUUAGGUUUUCCCCUCACUUGUACUGAGUUGCUGGGUCUCGGAUGUCUGUGUUUCUGAUCUUAUAGUUGGUGAUUACUUUCUGUAAAAUUCAUUUGUUGGCAAACCUCCAGCAACACACUAUGCAUAUGCCUUCCAAACCAGCAAUAAUCAUAAGCCACUUUUAAUGAAGUACCCAUUCUUCAUCGUUGAGUCGCUAAUGAUUAUUCAGAGGUCCUCCUCAGUAUGAGUAGUGAAAUAAAAAGACAGGUGGGAGGAAACCUGUUAAUGUUGCAAUAUAUGGCCUGCUGACUACCUGGAGUAUCAACUGUUUAGACAUACAGUAUUUUAAAGUAAUAAAUUCUACUUUUUGUUAGGUUUGGCAAGAAAACUGUCAUGUCUAUAAUGUGAUUUAAAGUUAAUAAAGAAAUUUUAUCCCUACACUUAACAGUAUAUAAAAACAGCACUGUACAAAUGUUGAUGUUAUGAAAAGGCCAUUUGACCCAUUAAGAAUUAAGAUUAUUACUUAACAGAUUCACUCUAUUGUAGGUGUCUAUAUUUUGAAUAACUGAUAUAUUCUUAGCUGUUAUCUUGAUGGAUUAAGAUUUUAAUCACCACAACAUCUCUCGACUUCAGACCUGUAGCUGGAGAGGAAUUUGUGGUGGUGAUGAACCUUGUAGAAAUUAAAUUUACUUUUUGUCCAAUAUGUAACACACAAUGGUUCAUGUGUAUCUAAAAAUACGUUUUCAAUAAGUUCUUAGUCAUCCAUGUAGCUGUGCUAGAUAAUUGAAUAGUUUAGAUAUGAAUUUGUGUUCAACUCAGAUAGUAACUCAUUAGAAUAAUGACUAUCCUGCAAAUAAGUCCUUUCAGUUGUAGAUAACAAAAAAAAACAAUAAACAGGAGACUUGCUAGUCAUGGUAGUAAGAAAUGGAAUCAGUAUUUCUGAAAUGAAUAAAAUAACACUGGCAUUUAUUUAA